UUUUUUCAUCACAUUGGCGGAAAUAGGCUUCCAUACUGCAUGCUGCAGCACUUCCUGAACUACAAAAUAAUAAGCAAAGAUUCUCUUUUACUCUGUAAUCAUAUUGCAGUUUCAUUUUUGCAUCCACAUCCAAGUAACGUUUUUAGUAUUGGGAGAGGACGCAGUCAUGGAGGCCGUUUACACCCAAGGCAUCUGGAUGGCUGAAAGCCUCCAGCAGAGGACGAUAAGUCAAGAAAAAAUGUGGCUAGUUAUCACUCACAUUGGAGACCCCAAAGCAGCUUUCCUGCUCGUCUUUCCUUUCACGUAUUUCAUCAGCAAACGAGCUGGAGUGGCGGUGCUUUGGGUAGCAGCUAUAUCGGAGUGGUUAAACUUGGUGUUUAAAUGGAUGCUGUUUGGAGAAAGGCCUUUCUGGUGGAUAGGUGAAUCAGGUCUGUUCGUCAACAAGCAACCCAACGUGCACCAGUUUUCCUCCACCUGUGAAACCGGCCCAGGGAGUCCAUCGGGACAUGCGAUGGUGACGGCAGCAGUCUGGUGGGUCGUGGUGUCCUCACUGGGGUCAUCUCUGUACUUACGCACUCACAGUGUAGUGUUAUCAGCUGCUCCCUACCUGCUCUAUGCGGUGAUGCUGGUGGCAGUUGGGACCUCCAGGAUCUUUAUCCUCGCCCACUUCCCUCACCAGGUCAUCGCUGGCUCCAUUACAGGUUUCAUUCUGGGGAUUGUUCUGAGCCGCAGAGUACCAGAAGGACGCCCCCUGCUGUUCUUCUUUAGCUUCAGCAUCGGUCUGCUGCUCGGUACUCUGAUGCUGCAUGCUGGACUGCAGCAGCUGGGAAUCGACCUCUCCUGGUCUAUUACCUUGGCUAAGAAAUGGUGCAGCCGUGCAGAGUGGGUUCGUUUGGAUUCAGCCCCAUUCUCAUCUCUGACUCGAGACUGCGGGGCCCUUCUGGGUUUGGGGCUGGCCCAGUACUGGAAGCCUGGCGGAUAUUCUCUACCUUGGGCUCCACGGGCUUUGUCUCUGGCCAUUUCGUCCAUGGGACUGUACCACGUCAAUCGUCUGCCGCUCCCGGUCCGACCACAAGGACUCUUCUAUGGCCUGUUCUUUGUCAAAUUCAUCAUAGUGCCUCAGAUUGUCAUGGUGCUUGUGCCUGGACUGGUUUACCUGUUCACACACAAAAAGAAGAAAGACUAGAAACUAUUUUCCCAUCAAUGUUAAAGGUGUCUUUAACACCUCCAAAGACUAUAGCUUCCUCCUGAGUUUCUGGGCACUUUAAAUGUCUAAUUUCAUUAGUGUGUAAAAGCUGUAGGUAGUUACUCAACAUUUGUUUUUGUUCUCUUACAAUUCAACUGGCAGAAGUCUUCAGUCAGUGACGUAAUGUUUCUUAAAUUAUUACAUGGUCCUUAAAGCUAUAGUGCGUAGUUUCUGUUGCCCACAUGAGGAAUUCAAAGUAAUGAAAACAAAACUGUCGGCGCGUCCAUAUGAUACAAGCCUUCUGUGAUUGUGCAUCAGAUUUUAUUUUACCGCACAAUUGCAGUAAAUCUAUAUACAGCAAUAAUAAUAAUAAUAAAGUGUUAAUACUAUAAUAUUUUUGGGGAAAUCGUUAGUUGUUCUGCUCUUGAAAUCCCCAUUGGGCAGGGUCUAGCUUCUGAAUGUUAGCAGAGAAAGGCUUCAGAGAAAACAUCUUUUCGAUCAUUUGUACUCACUUUAUUGACGAUGUUUCAGCCUUCAGACCUUACCAUCAGGUAAAAGAUUGUGUAAAUCAGAUUUAAAAAAAAAUAUUGUUCAUGUAGUGAGUACAAGUGGUAAAGACAGUCAAGAGUUCUUGAUCCUACGAUCGCUACGAUGUUCCGGUCUGCAAGAACUUCAUAGUCGCUGUUUAUGUUACCCAAGAAAGGUCAAAAUAGUACUCCACCGGUUUAGCAUUGCACUCCUAUACCGAUGGACAGUUGAAGAUAUUGAUGCAGUAGAACCUGAAGUGUCUUCUUUUUAAUUCCACACAUUCUUCCUUGUCAAAACCUGGCACCUACAUUACCCACAUUGCAACUCAACCACCAACAGUUCAGUUCGGAGAUUCGGGUGCGUUAUGCUAGUAGCAUGUAGUCUUGAGCCACUAGCCUCAAGAAGCUUUUUAACUCCACAGAUUUUUUUUUAAUUGUAGUCUUCAGCCACAACUGACGCCGACUCAAGUAACAUCACUUGAGGCAAUUUGUCAGAUUUUGCGCAGCUCCAUCUGGAGGCCCAAGACCUGUAAACAGAUUUGAUGUGUAAAAUAAGUGGAGUUACCCUUUAAAAAUGCACAAUUAAAAAAAUAUUUUGGUCAAACUGGUGCUCAAACUUUGUUUAAAAGGUCAACAGAUCGUAUGACGAUGUAAAUUACAUGAACGUGAAUAAAAUCCAAUGCAACAACACCAUUGUUUUAAACAUUAAAGGUCCAAUAUGUAA